CGCCGGCCGCUCGGCAUUCUUGUGCGGCAGUGGCCGCCGGUGGGUGCAUGGUGGCAGCGGUUGCCGGAGAAAGCGGUCUGUGUGUGCUCCACGCAUUCUGGAUGCCCUGCGGUGCGUGCGACUUGGCUUUUGUUGGUGCCGCUACACUACUGCACAGGAGAAGCAGCGCUGCCGGAUAGGUUCCUUUCCGUCCUCCCGUGGCGCGGCGUUCUCAUCGACAGUGUUGUCGUCUGCUUCUGUGGCGAGCAUGGUUGUGCGUCGACUUCCAAGAUGAUGAAGUGGAGGGUUCAGGGCAAGCCAGGCGGCUGCUCCACGAGGAAGAGCAUCGGAAUCCGAUCAGCCAAGCGCGCCAACGCCGAAGACUCCGACGAUGUCCGGGCGUCCCUGGAUUUCUUGGACCAAGUGAUCGCUGAGUACAACGGCAAUGCCGCGGAGAACGCCGCGGUGAUGCCCGCUCCUGCCGAGGAGGACGCCACCGUCGCCAAGGGCGGACCGGACGACCGCCCUGCUCCUGCUGCCUCCGACGAGAGACCCGACGUGCCGCCGCCGCCGCCGCACGAGCGCUUCUCCGUCAACCUGGUCAUCGUGAACGACGUCGUUAAGGAAGAGCCAGGCGUACCGGCAGCAGACGACACUACGCCACCACCGGUGCCCAAACGGCCCCCGCCAAGCCUGCCCCGUUCCUCUUCUACGGGCUCCGUGACGUCAUCGCGCGAGUAUCCCGUCAGUCCUCCGCCGAGGAGACGGUACCUAAGUCCCGAGCGACGACGACGGGCGCUGAUGAUGAACGGAAAUGCCGCUAAUAACGGCACUACCUCGGCAAGCAUCCCGGACUCGCCGGACAACCAUCUCGACCGGCGUCCUAUCCGGCGUCCCAUCAUCGUUCCCCUCGACCCCAUCCUUCAGUCAACGACGCCGAGGCCACCAGCCGAACAACCUCGCGUGACGGCUGUCACGUGCCAAAGCGACACGAUAUCCUCCAGAACGCUGCUUAGGACAGGUAGCCAGCCGGCGUACGUAGAUUGUGAUGGCGACUCACCGGGCCAUCUGGAUCGCGUCGACUGCUUCGGCAGGGACGACGGUCUCCGUAAGCAUACGACUUCUGCAGGUGACUUCCGGUCGCCACCAGUACAAACGCGCCUGCCGAAAGAGUUUGCCGAUCUUUCCAGCCCGAUGGAAGUGUCGAGAGCGCUAGUGAGGACGGGCAGCCAUGCUUCUGACAAUUAUGUAAGCUCCAGCGCCGAUGGUAGGCCUCAGGACGGUAUUGUUACGAAUGACGGCAGCCUUCGGCGGCAACUGUCGUCUCCUAUAUGCUCCAGGGCUUUCUUCUACUCUUCUUCUAAGCCGUGUGUUUUGCAGUGGCAAGAUGCAAGUGUGCAGGAUGUAGGGGACGAGGCAAACAAACCACCGGGAACAGCUUUACGGGCUGCUUCCCCAAGUCAGCAUAAGAACCACUCCAAUGACAUUGCUCAAAGGCAACUCAGUAGCCAAAAUAAGUCAGGUAGCUUUAAGCCUGCGGCCCGUGCACAGAAUGGUCGCUUGGAGUCGGAAGACAGCAAAGUCGCCCGUGUGGUCAACGGUCGUGACUCUCCUAACGGAACCUUUCACGAUAGGGACAACACCAAGCUAACAGUAACGUUUCGAACUCUGCCAGAAACGGGGAGCUUCCGGCGCAAAUCCGAAUCUCGCAACUCCAUCCACGUGGACUUCAACGUUCGCGACGGCCUUCCUUGGAACGGGCGGACACAAAGCGCCGCUUCGCCUAGCAACGGUGACCCCAUCAUCGAGAAUGGCCACACCGCAGCGGUAUCGAGCUCAGCAGGUUUGUGUCGCAGUCGCAGUCUCCGAAGCCAUCGGAAGCCCGAGUUGUCGGACGGCGUCGCUGCGUCCAGGACGAUGGAGGACUUCUCACCUCCGCCGCUUCCACCGCGCAAGGCCAAGGAGGAGGCCAGGCGGCAGGCAGAAGAGAACGCCUCGCCCACGCUCAAGAGAGUCACCUUCCACAUCCUUCCCACUACCCCCGAGAACCCGGAACACAAAGACAGGCCUUCCUCCGCGGAGAAGGCGCCCUCGGCCGAAGAUUGUCCGGAGGACGGCUUCUUCACGCGUCCGCCCCCAAAGACUCCGUCGCCCGUAGCGGGAAAAGGCCGAGCGGCGUCGCCCGUGUGCCAUAGGGCAACAAACGGCACUCGCUCGCCCGUCGCCGGGAAGAUCGGAGAGCCGUCGCCCCAGUGUCAACGCAGGAUGAACGGAUGCACCAAGGCAACGCCAGCCGUCGCCAAGGUGAACGGCGUUCACGGCAGCAAAGCGGGAUCGAGGGACACCGCGAGGACGCCGCAGGGGCACACAACCAAAGAUCCCAAGGCGAACCCCAUGGUCAAGAAGACGUUCGAACCGCCUCCGGCGGCGAGCGAUGUCUCUACGGACUGUUACAACGUGUACAACGUGCGCACCGGGAAGAUCUCCUCCACCGUCACCAAGCCGAACGCGCUUGGCCGCAGCCCAGCCCGAGUGCCCCUAGAGAGCGUCCAGUGCGCCAACGGAACCGCGGCUACCCGGAGCCAGCUGACCAAGCUGAGGAACAUGUCUCCGACCAGGGAGGCGGAGAAGCUCAUCGGCAAGAUCAUCUCUCGGUGCAAGUCGAGCGCGGUGCUGAGCGGCAAGGACAAAAAGCCCGCCUCGUCGCCGCCGCCCCCUCCAUCAGCGGAUGGCGCCAACGCUCAGCCGCAGCUGCUCAAACUCACCGCCAGGCAGCAGCAGCGACACAGCAGGUGCACGAAGUGCGCCCAUGCCCAGGCGGCCAAGUGACGUCACCGACAGUGGAGAGUCUGAUGACGUUAUGCACCCGAUGCCGGCCCUUGCUCUCGUCCUCUAAACAGCACUCACUCCUUCCUUCUCCCCACACGGUCGGCAUUCUGCCAAGUGGGCAACCUCCAACUGAGAAAAACAACGCAGCCACCCGAAACGGGACCCCGAGCGCGCGUUUUGUCUGUAUCGCUUGUUUGACGGGGCCCAGGUAUACACGCCGCUUGCCGGACGGUUUUCUUUUUCUUUCUUCUUCUUCAAGAGAGAACACGAUCGUGGCUGCGAGUCCGAAGAAGAUGUACAUUAGUCCUGUAAUUAAAGAUGUCUAUUAACAACCUAA